AUGUCACAAGCUACCACCGCUGCGGCACCUGCGGCGCUCGAGACGCCUGCGGAUCUCGUCGACGUCUUCCGCCGCGCCGAGGCUGCCCUGAAGCCCACGAUCCUGGGCCCCGAGGACCGCUGGUACAUUGUCGUCAUCUCGUGCCUGGUCGCGGGCCCGGAUCCGGAAGCCGCCGCGCACCUCUACGCCCAUCUCGUGGCCCAACCUGCGUACGCCACGUCGGACGCCCGCAAGGCCCUCGUGCGCCGCCUGCGCGAAGCCCUCGUCAAAGCCGUGUCCAUUGUCGGCGUCUGCAAGCCGCUCGAGGCCAUCCUGGCCAUCAGCGCCAUCGAGCGGCCCGAGGACAAGGACUACUCCGAGACGCGCGCCGGCUGGCAGUGCGACGACGCCAACCUGGACCGCGCCAUGGCGUGGUACGCCAAGAUCUACAAGCACAACGCGUCCGACACGCUGGGGCUCUUUGACGCGCACAAGGACUUUGUCUGGCUGUCGAAGCACAUCACGUACGGCCUGUACCUCGGCGACCGGCAGGUGCUCGACGACCUGGACACGGAAAUGGUCGUCUUCCCGGCCAUUAUGUCGCAGAACCUCAAGACGGAGACGUGGUGGCACAUUCGCGGCACGCGGCGCGUGGGGGUGUCGAAUGCGGACACCAAGGUGCUGUACGACGUGAUCAAGGACGUCAACGCGCACUUUGGCGUGGACCUGAACAAGGUGCCGACCGUCGACGACGUGGAGCACGACGUGUGA